UCUUUACUCACUUGAUGAUUACAUAAGCAAUGGAGAACUGAAAAUUGACCUUUGAGACAGUGCUUAUCUGACCUACAGCUAGCACAGCAGCUACAGAUAAUGCUUUUAAACAGGAGAGAAUUUCAAACACUACCACAAAAUAGCUAUAAGACAGGAUAAAGUGAGAUGUUGUCCUUCAUUUCCUGGUUCAUACCAAGUCUACCCACUUGGCUAAUACCUCAUACAAAUCCUCUAGACUGUAUUUUACAAGGAGUUGUUGGUGCAUGUGGGAUCUCAGUGCUUUCCAAACUUUUAAGGGUUCAUUUAUUCGUUGAAGCACAGAGUAUAGCAGACAGUAUAGAUGAUAUUAAAAACAAGCACAUUCCUAUUGGUGGUCUCACAGACAGACUCCAAUUCUGGAUCCUGACAGUGACUCUCACCUUUGUGGGAUCGAGAGCUGCAUCACUAGUGGUUCUUGAGUUCUCUCUCAGAGCAAUUUCAUCACACUUCACGACUUCAUCUGAUCCACUCAGUGAUAAAUUGUUGCAGCUACUAGUCCAGUGCCAGUUCUCUUUGGGUUGUGCAUUAAAUUGCAGUCUUUACUUUCUCCAUGAGGGGUCACCACAAGCUUGGCUAAAUUUUCUCCUUGCUGCAGCACUGAGCUGGUUUUUGGCCCAACAGUGUUCCAGAUUAUGGCACCAUGUAAUCACUAUGUACAGAAUACACAGCACCCAGCGGUACUGUGGGGUCUGUAUUGGCCUCCUGACUUCUGGAACAUCUAUACUGCCUUUUCUUUGCAGUGCUUUGAUUCUAACAUUUUGCGUGGCUGGCUUUGCUGCCAUAUCAAACAUCAACCAGCAAUUUCUGUCAACUACUGAGGCUUUGAGGUUCUGGACACCACUCACAAUCUGCUACACACUUCUCAUCGUCUAUAUGCAUGAGGAGCAGCAUCGGCAGGCUAGCGGACAGGCUCUUCUGAACACAGUGAUGGUACGCCUGGGCGGCUUGCUAUUAUUGAUGCUUACUGUAGGAAGGUGGACAGAUGUGCUCCACAUCCUACUGUGCUUCAUUGGGGAAGCUGCCUGUCUGCUACCAGCUCAGGAUCUACUGACUAGCAACACUAAGGAUGUUGCUGAUGUUUCCAGACAUUUAAUGAAGAAAAGAGGACAAGAGAAGAUUAAAUAAAUUAGACAAACAGGACUGAGGCAUAAAAUGCUAAAGGGGAAGACACAAAAGGGAGACGAGAAGAAAUUAGACUAAAGAAGAGAAUUUUUUUUUUUUUUUUAGGAAAACAAGAUUUCCUAGUCCAGCCAUUCAGUCCAAACUCAAAGCUGCUAGCUGUAUAUGGCAGCAGGUCAACAGUACAUCCAUCAUGCUUUGUUGAAUAUAGGCCUCCACAAGCAUGCAUGUGCUUGACAGAUUUGUAAUGUAAAAAUGAU